AUGUGGGACAGCAAUGGGAUCCGUUGCAUUCAGGACCUGCAGGAUUUGGUAUAUUUGGGACAUCUGUGGGAUCUUGUGCAAUUGGGACGCCCAUGGGAUCUGGUGCAUUUGGAACACCCACGGGAUCUGGGGCAUGUGGGACACCCGCGGGAUCCGGCACCUUCGGGACGCCUGCGGGAUCCGCGCUCUCCCGGCGCCCACCCCGUGCCCAGGUUGUACCAGGUGCCCUACGAGAUGCCAGACUGCGAGGGCGCCUCCGAGAGCCGCACCCUGCACCUCGUCGGGGACUUUUCGGCGCCCGCCGAGUUUUUCGUGACCCUGGGGGUCUUCUCCUUCCUCUACGCCAUGGCGGCCCUGGUGCUCUACCUGCGCUUCCAUUCCCUCUACAGUGACAACAAGAAGCUGCCCUUCGCGGUAACCGUCUGCUUCGCCUUCUUCUGGCGGGUGGCGGCGCCCGCCUGGGGCAAGGGGCUCAGCGACGUCAAGGCGGCCACGCGGCCCUCCAGCCUCAUCGGCGCCAUGAGCGUGUGCCAGGGCCAGGAGGCUGUGUGCAAUGCGGGCGCCACGCCGGCCAUGGGGCUGGCCAACAUCUCCGUGGUGAGGGACACCGCACGGGGACGCCUGGGGACGGGGGGACCCAUGCGCGGAUGCGUGUGUAUGGAUGCACAAGCAAGCCUGGGUGUGCAGGCGCACACAGAGGGGAGCAUGCGCGUGCAUGCACCAUGCGUAUGCGUAUAG